GGGGCCCCGCCUCCCCGCCGGGCGAACCCUAUAAAGUCCAGGCGAAGAGGGUCCAUCUGGCAGCUCUCGGUUCAGUCCGACGCCAAGGUCAACAAGGUCCUGUGCCUCCUCACCGGAGCAUCGCGUGCCAGAGUCAUGGCCCAGGAGCUGUACCACCGGGAGUUCGCCCGGGCGGGCAAGAAGGCGGGUCUGCAGGUUUGGAGGAUCGAGAAGAUGGAGCUGGUGCCUGUGCCCCCAAGCGCUUACGGCGACUUCUACGUCGGGGAUGCCUACCUGGUGCUGCACACCACCAAGGCGUGUCGGGGCUUCACCUACCGUCUGCACUUCUGGCUAGGAAGGGAGUGUUCUCAGGAUGAGAGCACCGCAGCCGCCAUCUUUACAGUGCAGAUGGAUGACUACUUGGGUGGCAAACCAGUGCAGAACAGAGAACUUCAGGGAUACGAGUCUACUGAUUUCGUUGGCUAUUUCAAAGGUGGUUUGAAAUACAAGGCUGGAGGGGUGGCAUCUGGACUCAAUCACGUUAUCACCAACGACCUGACUGCCCGGAGGCUGCUGCACGUGAAGGGUCGGAGAGUGGUCAGGGCCACGGAAGUUCCUCUGAGCUGGCACAGUUUCAACAAGGGGGACUGCUUCAUCAUUGACCUUGGCACUGAAAUUUACCAAUGGUGUGGUUCUUCAUGCAACAAAUACGAGCGUCUGAAGGCCAGCCAGGUUGCCAUUGGCAUUCGGGACAAUGAAAGGAAUGGAAGAUCUCAACUAAUUGUGGUGGAAGAAGGAAGUGAACCAGGACAACUUAUAAAGGUUUUAGGAAAGAAGCCGGAGCUUAGGGAAGGAUACGACGAUGACGACACCAUAGCAGACAUAACCAACAGGAAAAUGGCUAAACUCUACAUGGUUUCAGACGCCAGUGGGUCCAUGAGGGUGACGGUGGUGGCCGAGGAGAACCCCUUCUCAAAGGCGAUGCUGCUGUCUGGAGAAUGCUUCAUUCUGGACCACGGUGCUGCGAAACAGAUUUUCGUCUGGAAAGGUAAAGAUGCUAAUCCCCGGGAGAGAAAGGCUGCGAUGAAGACAGCGGAACAGUUCCUACAGCAAAUGCACUAUCCCGCCAACACCCAAAUUCAAGUCCUACCAGAAGGAGGUGAAACACCAAUCUUCAAACAGUUCUUUAAGGACUGGAGAGAUAAAGAUCAGAGUGACGGCUUCGGGAAAGUAUAUGUCACAGAGAGAGUGGCGCAAAUACAACAAAUUCCAUUUGAUGCCUCAAAACUGCAUAGUUCUCCCCAAAUGGCAGCCCAGCACAAUAUGGUGGAUGACGGUUCUGGCAAAGUGGAGAUUUGGCGCGUGGAAAACAACGGCAGGAUGGAAAUCGACCCACACUCCUAUGGUGAAUUCUAUGGUGGUGACUGCUACAUUAUACUUUACACUUACCCCAGAGGACAGAUUAUCUACACUUGGCAAGGAGCCAAUGCCACGAGAGAUGAGCUGACCACAUCUGCUUUCCUGACUGUUCAGCUGGACAGAUCCCUUGGAGGACAGGCUGUGCAGAUUCGAGUCUCCCAGGGCAAAGAGCCCGCUCACCUGCUGAGUCUGUUCAAAGACAAGCCACUCAUUAUUUACAAGAACGGCACAUCAAAGAAAGGAGGUCAGGUACCUGCUGCCCCUACCCGCCUCUUUCAAGUUCGAAGAAACCUGGCAUCUAUCACCAGAAUUGUGGAGGUAGAUGUUGAGGCAGAUUCAUUGAAUUCCAAUGAUGUUUUUGUCCUGAAACUGCCCCACAAUAAUGGCUACACCUGGAUAGGGAAAGGUGCCAGCCAGGAGGAGGAGAGGGGAGCAGAGCACGUGGCCAGUGUGCUCAAGUGCAACACCACAAGGAUUCAAGAAGGAAAGGAACCAGAGGAGUUUUGGAAUUUCCUUGGAGGGAAAACCCACUACCAGACGUCCCCACUGCUAGAGACCCAGGCUGAAGACCACCCGCCUCGGCUGUACGCCUGCUCUAACAAAAGCGGAAGAUUCGUGAUUGAAGAGGUUCCAGGGGAGUUCACCCAGGAUGAUUUAGCAGAAGAUGAUGUCAUGUUACUAGAUGCCUGGGAACAGAUUUUUAUUUGGAUUGGCAAAGAUGCCAAUGAAGUUGAGAAAACGGAAUCUCUGAAGUCUGCCAAAAUGUACCUUGAGACAGACCCUUCUGGAAGAGAUAGGAGGACACCAAUCAUCAUCAUAAAACAAGGCUAUGAGCCACCCACAUUCACAGGCUGGUUUCUGGGCUGGGAUUCCAGCAAGUACUAAACUGACUUUUGUAGGAAAAAAACAAACACACACUGUUUGGAGGGUAAAAAGGGGGGUUUUGUUUGUGGGAUUUUAGGAAAUUAACCUCAGUGAUCUGGGUAUUUUUUAAAUGCCUAGUUUUGGUUUGAAAUUCUUUUUAAAACUGGAUUUUCGUAUGUUAAUAUUUUAAAAUAACCUAAACUACACUUUUGUUAUGGACCAUUAUUAGGUCUGCUUGCAACUGAUCUAUAUCUUUUUAUAUUACCUUUUAUAGAUGAAAAGCUAUGCCAAGCUAGGGGAGUUUGCCAGGAAAUUUUAUUAUUCAGGAGCCACUAGCCAAACUUGUUCCUUAACACACCAGAGAAGACAGCCUUAUAACAUUUCGGAGAUUCUCCUCCUCUCUCUGUGUUGAGUUCAAAAGAAUAAUGUAUUUGCAGUCAAGUUUUGUUAAAGUGGCUUUAGAAGCUUGUUUGCCUUCUUUAGCCAAUGUGACUUUGAUACCAUUGGCUCUUUGGUGUUGUUUUCUAAGAGAAACUUCACCUUUUUUGCCUCUUUAAAAGUGAUUAAAAGCACAGCUCUUUCAUGACAAAAUGAUUUGUAUUCUUAUCCACUUAGAGAUACUAAUAUUUGACAGUACAUGUUUAACAUCACAAAAAAAUGUACAAAAAAUUCACUAAUGCUUUUAUCAUUAAAAUAUAUCUUUUUGAAAAGGU